AGGGAGUAACUGUGCUAUCGUCAUCGAAAGAUGCUGAGCACAUCUAGGAAGGGAUCAACUGAAGACUACAUACUAACCAAGGAUAAACCUAAGGGAUAUAUAGGAGCAGGGCGCUCAUUUUUAGACUUGUUGUCAAAUUUCCUGGAUACAACCAGGGUUGACGAUGCACAAAUAGGUGUUAGUGAUACCGGGGUACACAAGAAGGUUCAUUGCAGCAGGUCCCUGAGACUAUUUAGAGCGCUUGCACAUCGAUUUAAAAUACUGCAGCCGAUAAACCUGGUGGCGGACUGCGCUGGGAACCCGGAAAAUAUGCAGGCAGAGCCAGGUACCCGCCGUGAUGGAGGCAAUACACCAAAAGGCACGCGGACCUCCAGCAAACGCCCGGGUAGCUGCCCAAAGCCUAAGAUAAAGGCGACUAAAAUAGAUACGUGCCACCCUGAGGGUGCGAAUAUAUCGCUGCUGGAAUUGCCUCCAAAUGCAAUUGACCAUAUGCAUAACGUUACGGCCAGCACAACUGCGACGACGCACAGUAUUAUCGCGAGUAGCAAUUCACCAAACAAGAACCACUGCAGCAACACGAACCGAGUGAACAAACAGGUGCACCGUGAUAAAGACUGCUGCUGGGAUGUUCCCAAUCCACUAACUAGGGCCUAUUCAUGCGAGAAACAUGGAUGCGUCAAGCACCUGCGCACAAACGCAAGUUUGGAAGGUAUGCCGAAGCCAGAGUAUAACUCCCUGUGUACCAAGUGUAUGCCUGAAGAAGAUCGGAUAACCCGUGGAUUCAAGGGACUACUGAUACAAACACCGAUUUUCAAGUAUGUCAAUGACCCGAAGCAAGGGCACAGGGACAGUACACCAACAUUCGAUCGCUCAUUCCUCAUCCACGAAACUGCGCUGGUAGAUGGAAUGACAAUAACGGAUGUAUAUGAUCUACAUACUAACCGACUGGGUAAAGGGAGUUACGGACAGGUACUCAAGGCAUGCCACAAGGAAACGGGUGAAGUCAAGGCAGUGAAGGUAAUACGCAAGGCAGCAAUUGAAAAUGCAAUGCGCAUGAAGCGUGAAAUCACGAUAAUGAAGAACCUGGACCACCCAAAUAUAGUCAAGCUGCUGGAAAUAUACGAGGAUGAGGAGUGCCUCUACCUCGUCAUGGAAAUGUGCAGUGGCGGGGAAUUAUUCGAAGAAAUUGUACGGCGAGGCUGCUUCAGUGAACAGUAUGCCGCUACGAUGAUGAGGCAGCUAUUCUCCGCUAUAGCAUAUUGCCACGGUAAAGGAAUCCUGCACAGGGACCUCAAGCCGGAGAACAUACUCUACGCCAACACAAGCGAUAACUCGCCCAUUAAAGUUAUAGACUGGGGAUUCGCUACAAAGUGCUACAAAACGCACAAAUUCACCAGUUUGGUGGGUACGCCGUACUACGUAGCGCCCGAGGUGUUGAUCGGUAGCUACGACAAGAGCUGCGACAUGUGGAGCGCCGGGGUCAUCAUGUUCAUCAUGCUGGUGGGAUAUCCACCAUUCCACGGCAACGAUAACGCCACUAUACUGAACAACGUCAAGAGGGGUGCCAUCAACUUCGUGCCGCACCACUGGAAGCAUAUUUCCAAGAGUGCAGUAGACCUUAUAACAAAGUGCCUGUCGUACGACCCUAGGCACCGCAUUUCAGCAAAGGCAGCGUUUAAUCACGAGUGGAUCCUAAACAAUGCCACCAGCGUCCACGUCAACCCAAUGGUGCGGCAUUCGCUCACCAAGGACCUGGUCAAGCGGUUCCAGAAGUUCGACAACUACAGUACCAUGAAGCAACUGGCACUCACGUGUAUCGCACACCACCUCUCGGAUGGUGAUAUAGGCUCGCUGAGCACGGCUUUCAAUGUGCUGAACAACGCCGGAGACGGCGUGCUGUACAUCAGUGAUAUAGUCAAGGGACUCCAAAGCGACAAGGUAAAGGGGCAGUACGACCCCGCGAUGCAAAGGCUCGUGGAAAAACUAGAUACCAACGGUAGCGGAGCUAUCGACUACGUAGAGUUCCUUGCAGCAUCGAUAGACGAGGAUGUCUACAAGCAAAAGGAUUUCUGCAAGAAGGCUUUCAAGGUGUUUGACCUCGACGGCAAGGGAGUGAUAACAAGAGAAAACAUGUGCAAGGUCUUCCAGUGUAACAUGGGAGGGUGCCAAUUUACCCAGGAUUUCGUGGAGCAGAUUUUCAACGAGGUUGAUUUGGACCGAGAUGGCGUGAUCAACUACACCGACUUCUGUACCAUGCUUUACGGGCUGUCCAACCCAGAGGAGGUGCCCACACUGUAGACAGUGCCAUCAAUAUGUAUAUACA